GGCGGAGUCCCGCGCUUACUCCAUUACGCUCCGAGCGCCCAUAAACCAGCCUGCGUGCUCUUGCUCGCUGCCCGGGGCCCGAGGAGCGGUGAGUAAACAGCCCCAGGUGGCGAGGCGGCUGGGGAGCCGAGCGCGCACCGAGAGCGCAGCGCGACUCCGGCUGAAUCCCAUUUGCUGGUCGCAGGUGUCAAGGAGGAACUCGGGCGGGGGGGAGAGGACGCGGAACUGGAUCGCCGUCCGCAGAGGGGAGCGGGCUUGCGCUCCCGGGACUCGGCAAGGAAGGGCGCGGAGACCCGGGGAGGCUCCGGGCCGCCCCAAAAGGCGUCUGACUGCGCGCAGAGAGCUCUUUCUGCGCGCCCCUCUCUCUCUGGUAAGAGGCAGGCCUCAAAGUAGGGUCUCUCCUCCUUGGCCUUUCCGAAGCCCACAGGCCAAAUACCCAAUCCAUGAUUCUCUGAAAACACAGUUUGUUUUUAAGGGGGUGGGGUGGAUAAGUGCGCGCGCGAAGGACACGGCCAAUUUCCUCUUGACCACCUCGGCUGCAUUUGCUCGCCUGUCUCCCUUGCCCCGUUCAGCCCCGCCGCCUCCGAGUUGUGUUUGUUUAGUAUCGCAUUGUAGAAAUAGGCUCCGAAAGGUGGUGUCCUCGGGGUCAGUAGUUCACGGUUGCCGUCCCCACCCUUCCCUCUGUUACAAAGGCAUGGGUGCUUUAUCGUUUCCCACCCCAGAGGAGCUCCCAUAGAAGGGAGGCCCUUUCCCUGACCGCCCCACGCCCCAUGAAGAUUUAGUAUAGUAUGCAUAGGAAGGAUGUCUUGAAAACCUGAAUGAGAGGGGAGCAUCCGGGCUUGCUCCGCUUUCUGGGGUGUGUGUGUGUGUGUGUGUGUGUGUGUGUGUGUAGAUAUGAUUGCUUUCUGACAGUGAUUUUUUUCUUUUAAAAAAUGUUUAGGGGUACUCUCGUUUUCCUACUUAUAUUGAAAUACUACCCCUCAAUGAGGCCAAACUUAGAUUCACAAAAUGUUUAGGGGUAUGCGUCCCCCCAGAAAACAAAGUACUGCUCUCUGAUAAUGUUCUGAUUAAGACUUCCAGGACUGUCUCGUUGAACUCAAUGGUACUUGCUUCCGAGUAAAUGGGAUCAUGCUGUUAACAUCACAUGUGGCCAAGGCUGCAUGCACACCCUACAUUUAAAGCACACCCACACCCAAGAACUGGGAACUAUAGUUUACCCUUCAUGUAGCCUAGCACCCUUAAACUACAGUUCCCAGGAUUCUUGAGGGGUGUCUUAAAUGCAUGGUAUGUACAGUCUUAGGCACAUUUGUUCUGUAGGCCCACUGAUAAGCAAGUAUUGGGUGGGGUGGGGUGGGGUGGGUUGUGUUAUCUAUUCAGACCCUUGAACUACAAAAGUUACUAGCCUGCAAAAAAAGAGAUAUGUUACUAGCCUGUUGGAGCUCUGUUGUCCCUCUUCUCCAAGCCCACCCUGGCCCUGGAACUUCUGUUUCUGUUCCAGCCACCUGCAUGCAUUUCUUGUUUACAGCCAACAGAGAGACCUUGCUCUGUUCACACAUCUUAAACCCCAGUAAUUCAAGUUCAGCAGAAACAUCAUCUGCAAAGUACUCCUCUUCUGUCUCCUCCAUACUACCAAAGCAGUAGGUAGUAAAUGCUUUACAGUCAUACCUUGGGUUACAGCCGCUUCAGGUUGCGUCUUUUCAGGUUGCAGACCGCCGAAACCUAGAAGUACCAGAAUGAGUUCCGGGUUUUGGUGGUCGCGCAUGCGCAGAAGCACUAAAUUGUGCUUUGUGCGUGUGCAGAAACGCCGAAUCGCAACCUGCGCAUGCGCAGAUGUGGGUUGUGAACACUGCUGGUUGCGAACGUGCAUCCCGCACAAAUCACGUUCGCAACCUGAGCGUCCACUGUACUGUGUAAAUUACUGCUGGAGGAAACUACAGCUGAUUGAAGGAUAAAUGUGAAUGCAUUUUAGUAAGAGUUAUCGGGUCAUGCAUUGGGGUUGGUUCUGAUGCACUUUACUGAAUCCCAUUUGCUCAGAAGUAAGCCCUACUGGAUCCAGUGAGACCAACCCCCAACACUUAGGAUUGCAACCUGUGGGCAUAGAGGUCUUCCAUGCUAAUUCCAGCUCUGCGUAAAAAAAAAAAAAAGCGCUGACCUUGCAUAUGGUCGCUAUUCUCGGUCAGUGUGUUUCUGGUUUCGAAUUUCUAGAGAGCCAACUGUGUUAAUCUGCAGCAGUAGAAACAACAACAGAAUCUUGUAGCACCUUGAAAGACUAAGCAAGAUCCUAAGAUCCUGCUCUCACAGAAGCAGUUUUCAGCAACUUGCCCUGUAGCUUCCUGUGCUCCCUGGAAAUCUGCUCCGGAAACCUGGGGAGGGGACCCUCUGGAACAACAUUGAGGUGGGGUAAUACAGAGGGGCUGCAAGGUGUCCACAGAGGGCUUAUGCCACAAUAAAUCAGUUUGUCUUUAAGGUGCCAUGAGACUAUUGGUAUCGGUUGAUAAUUGUGCCAUUCUCUAUUGCCAAUUCUUAAUGCCUCUUAAUUUUUCUGGAGGUGUUGUGGAAAUGCUGUAAUGUUAUCAGCACCUCUCUCCCAUGAUCAGAGUUAAGGACACUUCCAGAUGACCUGUUUGUCAAGCAUUCAUCCUGAUUUUGCACCACAUUUGUGGGAAAGCUAGGUGCCAUUGUGCCAAAUUUCCAGUGCAUUUCCCCAUCACUUUUCUUACCACAAAAAGUCCAGCUUGGGGGUGGGAAGUGGAUAUGUUGUGCACAGCCUCCCAAUCAAUUAUAAUUCGUGUGCUGAAUUUGCCAGUAUGUGGCUAAGUCCCACCCCAAAAGUAGCGACUCUCUGGAAAGGGCCUUUAGCUCACAUUGUGUGUGUGCAUGUGCAGGAGGGGGAGAAGCAAGUGAUGUUGCACUUUGCAGAUGAUGUUUCUGCUGAACUUGAAUUACUGGGGUUUAAGAUGCUUCCCUUCCCCCAGGUAAUAAUGAAGAAUGGGACAUUAAGGGUUUGGUGUGGUUUCACAUAGCAGAAUGCUAAAUGAAUGUUAAAAACGAAGACGGCACUUGAGUUUUCAUCCCUUUUCUUCCCAGGUUUGCUUUUGCUGCUUUGAAAGUAUUAACAUAAAUAAAGAAGAAGAAACUUGACUAACGAAAAAGUGGCCACUCUGAUGAGGAAGGGGCUUCACGCUUUGAGUUUCAGAGCGGAGAAAGGGAGAGAGAAGCCUUUAGGUUUUCUUAGUUGUUAGGGUAUAUCAGAAGGGUUCUUCUGCAUGUACCAAUUCAAGGUUUUGGUACUUUAUGGAAGUACCUGAACAGCUUUGAUACCCCAGCAGUGAGUGAAGCAGCUAGGCCCCAGGAUCUUCAUUAUACCUAGAGUUAUCUAUAGCACUCGUCCUAAUUUGCUUGUACAAAGCUCACACAGAGGUUCGACAGUGUUCACUCUUCGUUGAGCAUUUGUUCAGAUUUGUUUGUGGGGAGGUUGUACAAAAGUAGACGUUCAUCCUGAUUUGCCUGCAUGGCGCAUAUACAUCUUCCUGUCAAUUGGUCAUUCAUCCCAUGUUGCCUGUGCAUUUCCAUGUCACCUUCCUAACUGCAAAAGGCCCACUGCGUUUUCUUUUAAGUGGAUAUGUUGUGACAAAGUACUUCACUUCACUUUAAUUGCUCAGACAUAAAUUUCCAGUGUGUGAGUGAAUCCAUCUUGCAAAAGUUCUUAUAGGCAAAACUAGAGGCAACCUACAUCUGAUUCUAUAGCAUCCUCCAAAGUGUUGGUGCUGAUCUCAGCCCUGUAGACCCGAAGGAGCAUCUCCACCCCCAUCAUUCAGCCCAGACACUAAGAUCUAGUUCUGAGGGCCUUCUGGCAGUUCCCUCACGGCGAGAAGUGAGGUUACAGGGAACCAGGCAGAGGGCUUUUUCGGUAGUGGCACACACCCUCCCAUCAGAUGUCAAGGAGAUACACAACCUUUAGAAGACAUCUGAAGGCAGCCCUGUACAGGGAACAUUUUAUUGCUGGGUGUUUUAUUAUGUUUCUGUAUAUGCUGGAAGCUGCUCAAAGUGGCUGGGGUACAAAUAAUAAUAAUAAUAAUAAUAAUAAUAAUAAUAAUAAUAAUAAUCCUGCGUGUAGGGGAGCCUUCAAAUUACUUUAGGGCAGCUGAGAAGUUUUCUUGCCCAAUUAAAUAAAAGAAAACGUGCAUCUCUUCACUGGUUGUGGUGGUGUUUGUGCAGGAGAACUUGCCAAUGGACUGUGGACCUAGUGCUUGGCUGUUUGUGGUUGGAGUCAGUCAGGGUCGUAAUCUUCCAAAAUGUACUGAUGUUCCGGAAAUUGAGAAAGGGGAUUGGAAGCAAUAUCAAAUAUUGAUUUUGGUGCUUGUGUGAGUAUAUAAGGUCAGGUAAGAUCAAAUCCUGAAUGCAGCAAGCUGUUAGGUGACAGAAAGUUAAUGAAUGCAUCAAAUAUGGCAUCUGUUUGUACAAGACCCCCCCCACACACACACCCCUUUUGUCCUUGCUGGUGCACACACAUUUAUUACAGGAAUAUGAGCCCUUCUCCUAAGAACAUUUAAAUUGCUUUCAGAAUACAAUGUAUGCAUUGAAAUAUGCCACUUCCUGGCGUGGCCAAACAUGCUGGGAAAGGAGGUGUAGCUUAUAGUAUCAAAAUUCCUGCAAAGCUUUUUUUUCCUCCUUCUUUUAAAAAAAAGAUUUAAGAAUGACACUAAGACUCUUUGUGCUGCUUGUUGUAGCAGAUACCAAUUUGAUGGUGCAGUUUUAUAUGCCAUAACUGCAUACAACAAAAACUGAAGGGGGAAAAAUCCCCAAGAUUGAGUGAAUUAUGCAACAACAAAAACGUUGGAAAAUAUGCAUUAUAGAUGCCAGUUGUUUAGUCUAGCAUUCAAGAAUGCCUUGACUUUGCCCUUGAACAUCUCCAGUAAGAGACUAAAUGGAAAUAAUCUUGAUCAAAGGUUCUCAAAGCGUGUCGUGCCAGCAUCUGCUAAGCAUUUUUAUAUAAAAAAAAUCACAUCUCCAAAAAUAUAAUUACGAGGAAAUAGAAUUCAACAGAUGUGCAAUGGUCAUUAUCUUUUCAGGUCUGGCAGUAGGGUAGGCAGAUUAUGGAAAACAAACAGGAGAAUGAACAAAACACACUGUAGCCAGAAAUACUAUGCAGUAUUUAAGGUAAAGGUACCCCUGACCAUUAGGUCCAGUUGCAGGUGACUCUGGGGUUGCAUGCUCAUCUCGCUCUAUAGGCCAAGGGAGCCAGUGUUUAUCCGCAGACAGCUUCCGGGUCAUGUGACCAGCAUGACUCAGCCAUUUCUGGCGAACUAGAGCAGCGCACGGAAAUGCCUUUUACCUUCCCGCUGAAGCGGUACCUAUUUAUCUACUUCCACUUGACGUGCUUUUGAACUGCUAGGUGGGCAGGGGCUGGGACCGAGCAACGGGUGCAGUAAAUAAACAUGAUAUAUUUCAGCCACAUCAAAAAUUGCAUGCAAUAGAAUAGUAUCAAAACAUUAUCUGGGAGAAAACUUACAGAUAAAAAUAAAAGAAGCAUUAUAUUUUAAAAGUCAAAAAUUGCAAAUAUAAUAGUUUGAAAUUCAGUUAAGUCUAUCUAGGUGUAAGUCCUAUUAAGGCUGCAGUUCCAUAGACACUUACUUGGGAGAAAACUGCACGAGUGUCAUGGGCCUUACUCCCUGAGUAAGCAUAUAUAGGAUUGCAGAGUCAGUAAUCUAAUGAAGAAACAAUCUUCUGUGAUGUUUUUUCCCAGUGGGAGAAGCCUGUUUCAACCUAAAUUCUUUCUCAUGGAGCUUUUGCUUCAUUUCAUGUGUGCGAGGCAACAUUCAAACAUGUGGCCCUUUAAGAGCUGAGGGAAAUCUCUUUUGUAAACCUGUAACAACCUUUCUGGCCUCCUUGCUUUGUAUCUAAGCAAACAACACAGUCUUGCAGGUGAGUUCUAAACAAGACUGUAGAAAGAAGUUUUUAAAAAUAAAUAAAAAGAAGGCGGGGGACCAUUUCAAAGUAUUCAUAGUAGUAAUUAAGUACCAGACAGGAAAGUUAAAAAGUUGAAAAUACCCAUUUUCUGGAACUACCAAUAAACUCUACUAGAAAAUAGAGGCUCCUGAUGUUCUCAGAAGUGACUGUUAAUGCCAAAAAGGGGCAGGCAGCCCUUGCAUGUCACUCAGAGUGCAUGUAGGAAAGUUGGUGCAAAAGGAGUCAUGAGAGAGUACUGCUAACCACAACCACCUUUCUAGAAAAAGUAGGGCAGCAAAUGUGCAGAGAACCAGGGUUGGAGUAAUGGUUAGAACAUUGGACUAAGAUUCAGGAAGACGUGGGUUCAAAUCCCGCCCACCCCACUGCCAUGAAGCUCAUUGGGUAACCUUGGACCAGCCCCUAUCUCUCAGCCUAGCCUACUUUGCAGGGUUCUUGUGAGGCAAAAUGCAGGGCUGUAUACACACAUGCCAUCCUAAGCUCGUUUGGAGAAGGGUGGGAUGUGCAUUUAAACAAUAAUAGUUUAAAAUAAAAAUACAUCCGUUCCAGUAUAAACUUGGUGAUUUUGUGCAGUAAUUAAUUCGGCCACUUGCCCAGCCAGGUUUCAUUUCUAUUUAUUUAACUUUCAGCAUUUUAUUAGUGUUGUGGUUUGGUAGUCAUUUCAUUAAAGAACAUUUUCAUAUACAGCUCUAUGCUAUAUUUGUAAUGACUAAACCGCUUCUGACACAACGGAACACCGUGACAGAAGCCAGAGAGCAUGGAAACGCCAUUUACCUUCCCGCCGCAGUGAUACCUAUUUAUCUACUUGCACUGGCAUGCUUUCAAACUGCUAGGUAAGCAGGAGCUGGGACAGAGCAACAGAAGCUUCCCCCGUCACAGGGAUUUGAACCGCUGACCACCUGAUCUGGCAAGCCCAAGAGGCUCAGUGGUUUAGACUACAGAGCCACCCACAUCCCUUGCUGGCCACAUGACCCGGAAAGCUGUCUGUGGACAAAUGCCGGCUCCCUCGGCCUGAAAGCAAGAUGAGCGCCACAACCCCAGAGUCUCCUUCGACUGCACUUAAUCGUCCAGGGGUACUUUACCUUAUGUUUGUAAUGAAUAAUAAUAAUAAAAACCUUCAGCAACAAUGUGACCACUGCAGUCAGCAAACCCGUAUAGAUCCAAAAACAAAACAUCCUGAACAUGGCCAUCUCAGGAGCACAGCUGAGCCCAACUGGCUGUUGUCAGUGGGAGCUCAGUGAACAUGCAUUGUUUCUUCCAUUGUAUCAUGACAGCAGCACAAGGAAGUAGGUUUGGUUAAAAGAUAGUGACUGGCUCAAAGUCACCCAGUGAGCUUCACAUCUGAGUGGAGAUUUGAACCCGGCAUCCCCAGUUCAAGUCCAAUACACUGAUUACCACACCACACCUGCUUAAUAGUAAUAAUAGUAAUAAUAAUAAUAAUAAUAAUAAUAAUAAUUUAUUAUUUAUACUCUGCCUAUCUGGGUGGUUUCCCCAGCCACUCUGGGCAGCUCCCAACAGAGUAAUAAGAAGAAGAAGAGAAAGAAAAAGCAAGCAAGUAAUAAAACAUUAAAAACGUCCCUUACAGCUAGCUCCACAACCUUCUAUGCUGUUUCCUGUCCCCAUUCUCCACCUAAAUUCAUCUCACAUUCUCUUCUCUAAUUCCGUUCACCUCCUUCAUGGCCUGCAGCCUUGUGUGUCUUUGGAGAGAGAUUCUAAAAUUAUUGCAAAGUCUUUGUUUCCAAAGUAGACUAAAUAAGGCAUAGUGAGUGCAAGUGUGCUUAAUUAUCAUAGUGAUAAUGAUAGGCUUGACUUUGGAUAUUUAUCUUUAGCAUUGCCUCUUGUGAAACACAGCUUCAGAAAAUAAUUCGCAAUGCAAAUUUCUGGAAACAAUUAGACUUCCAAUCCCGUUUCUGCGAACUUGUGUGUGUGUAAAUCUAUAUUCACAUGGUGGGGGGAGGGAAGGAAGUGCUUGACUCCCUUGCCACAAAAACUGUAAAUUUGCAUUAUUUGUUAAGCUAAAAUCAUGGUUGAUCAUCAAAAGUGCUUAGGGAUUGGGUAAUGGUAGCAAAAAGCAACAGGAGAUGUGAGUAGUAAAUGUCACCUCUUAUUAAUGGGAAAGAAUUAACUUUGUUUACUGGUGGUUGUUUGGCAUAGGCGCUGGGCAAGUUUCCAGACGCCUGACAGGUAGGAUUUAAGGUUAAUUAAGCCUUGGUUACUUGAUUGCCUAUCAUGAGUAGGGGCUUCUGGCAUGCUAAAUUCAAUCAACCAUCCACUGGUCAUGUUAUGUCAUGCAUCUAGAAUGGUGAGGUCCAUUUCCACAAAUCUAUGGCUCUACCUAAUAAGUGCUAUCUGACCAAAGAGGCUUCUAGCCCCCCCCCCCCCAAAAAAACCUAUUGAUUGCUGAGUGGGCCCAUAUUGAUUCAUAGCCUGCCUUAGUUACCUUUACAAACAAAGACUCCAAGGGACAGAGUACAAUUUCUAGGUUUUCUUGAUCAUCACAACAACCCUGUGAAGUUUCAAAUAGGUGAACAAUUCAAAAACUUAAAAUUGUAGUAAUAUAUAUUAGCUGCUUUCUCUUUUAAAUCAGUGGAGGUUUUUAUUGUAAUCUCUUAUUCUGCUGCUUUUUAUUGAUGGCUCUGAUUUUUAGGGUUUUAAAAAUUUGCUAUUAGUUUUAUUUAUUGUAAUGCUUUAAAUGAAUAAAAUUGGCAGUAUUAAAAGCAACUGGUCCCAAUAAAAUCAAAAUUGUUUUUUAAAAAGAAAGGCAACCAGCAAGCAAAUUUUUUUUCAAACAGGUAUCUUUUAACUUCCCAUUCAUCUUUGAAAGGACAACAGAGGAAAGAGGCUGCACACACCUCUUGCAGAGAAAUAGGAAGAUAAACUAGCCUCAGUGAAGGAUAUAAUUUGUAGCCGGUCCUCAUCAUUAGUGCAUCUCAAAUGCUGGGGAGGAUCACAUAGAUUACAUGAGUCUUUGCCAACCUGGUGCCCUCCAGAUGUUUUUGACUAUAACUUCCAUCAGCCAAAGCCAGCACAGUUAUGUCAGCUGUGGUGUUGAUGAGAGUUGUGGUCAAAAGCAUUUAGAGGUCACCAGCUUGGCAAAGGUCUGGGCUAAAAGGAAUGCAGAAACAAAAUAAAAUCAGAGAGCAGCAACAACGGCAAUGGUUUAAAAGAUUAAUGGAUAUAUUUCAUGGCAUAGUUAAUCUCAUAAUUGGCCCUGAUUGCUAUGCUAGGUUCUUCUGUGGCAAAUCUUUGUGGAAUCAUAACAUUCUUGGCAUGAUGGCGGAAGCCAUUGUGGUGGGUCUGCAAGUCAACAAGAGCCUCUUUUAAGACCUUUCCUGUAUGCUCAUUGACCACAGUGCCCUGUUGCGCUAGCAGGACUUAGUGUGCUGGCUUCUGCUAGCGCAACAACAAAGUUGAAUCUGGCCCAUUGGCAGUGAUGGUAUCAAAUGUGAACACCUGUUAUGCAUAGACAAGCAAACAAAUCUCUGGCAAUUAUUAUCAAAACAACUUUUAACAUUUUCAGACUUUCCAAAGAAAGAGUUCUUUAAAAAAAACAACUAUUAUCGCCAGGUAUUUGAGUAGUUAAUGGAAUUUGAGAGGUAUUUUGCAGGUCAGUAAAUGCAUAUUUAAAUGUACACAAGAAAUGCUUAUGACCCUUACACAACCAUAUUCCACAAUUAAACUGCAACAGCAAUUAUUGUGCUGUCUGGGAGAAGCAUCACAUUUUCUGAAUUGGAAAAUAAAGUCUUUUGACUGCUUGGAAAAAUGAGACUUCCUUGAAGCAGUCUAUAUGGAAACUGUUAGCUACAAAUAAAAGACAAAUAUGUGAAAAAAAGGUCUUAAAGAGCCCUUAGAUAAUCAGCCAUUAGCUUUUCAUAGUUGUGAGUGAGGAGCCAGGGCUUCCUGCACUGCGGUCAAAAAAGGCUGUUGCUAUUUGUGGUGUCUAUUAGGAUAUUGGGAAUCUUGCAGAUGGCCAUGAUGUUACUCUGCCUACUUUAUAGCGUCUAUAGUCUUAAGAACCUGAUUCAGCUAAGCCCUUGCGAUUCAAUCCCAAGGGGAUUCAGUUAUGCUCUUAGUGUCUUAGUGUUAAAUACAUGCUUAAGUAGAAUGCUGAGUCAAACUCCUUGACUUUUAUCUGCGCUACAAAAAUAACUAUAUUUAUACACAGUUGGUUAUGUAAUAUGCCUUCUGGGCUGGAUGCUGUACUCCAGCAACAGAACAUAUGAUCUAUACUAGGGUUUCAGUGUUGGAGCAAAAGGGUUGUUUGUCCUUUUGCUUAGACACCAAGAACUGGUUCUGUCUCCUGCAUUAGGUAAAGGUAGGCAAAGGACCCCUGGAUGGUUAAAUCCAGUCAAAGGCAACUAUGGGGUGCAACACUCAUUUCGCUUUCCAGGUCGAGGGAGCCAGCGUUUGUCUAGACAGCUUUCCGGGUCAAGUGGCCAGCAUGACUAAACCGCUUCUGGUGCAACGGAACACCGUGAUGGAAGCCAGAGCGCAUGGAAACGCCGUUUACCUUCCCACCGCAGCAGUACCAGUUUAUCUACUUGCACUGGCGUGCUUUUGAACUGCUAGGUUGGCAGAAGUUGGGACAGAGCAACAGAAGUUCACCCCAUCCCACAGAUUUGAACUGCUGACAUUCCAAUCGGCAAGCCAAGAGGCUCAGUGGUUUAUACCACUGCGCCACUCGCACCCCUAUGGCAAUGGUGCCAUGGUGGCAGCAAUUGACUCUGCUCAGUUAAAGCCCAUGUACAGUAUUUCCCCAUGGAUUUGCUCCAUGCUGGUUUUAUUGGGCAAGAACAGGACACACAAGCCUCUCCUAGACUGGAGAGCUGCCCUAUAGGAUGUAACACAACCAACAUGGACUUUUAGAAGAGUGAGAAAGCCCUUCACUAAAUAGAACACAGCUGUACAAGAACGUAGGCUUAAAGUUACACUCUCAAAUUCUAAUGUAAUUAUAUUCUUUAUUACGAAAUGGAUUCAUGCAGGUCAUUCCAUUAUUGCACUGGAGGAGUAACUGCAUUCAGAAAAUCCUGCAAACUGCGUUUUUUAUUAUAGCAAAUAAAGGCAUCGUAUUAACUCACAUGCUGACUUCUUCCAGUUCUCAAGCUUGGCAAACAGAGAUGUUUAAGGUACAGGCUCUUCGCAAUCAUGUAUUAUUUUUAAAUAUCUCUCCUGUAGCUAUGGGGGCAAGGGAGGUAGCUAUGCACAAUGUAUCAUGUGUGGCAAUUGCGUUGGACUUCCUUCUAGAUGUUGUAGCCUAGCUUUGGAAGCCCCUGAUGUCCCAGAAAGAGAAAUCGGAACAGCACAUUUUCUUGCCCUGAAGCACAAAAUACGUAUCGGGCAAAUCACAUUCCCAAUUUUUGACACUCUCAAGACAUGUAGGUGGCUGCCUCCCUCCCACUCUCAUGCUGCAAUCUUAUGCAGAGUACACUUACCUGGGACUACACCCUACUGAGCACAGAGGGACUUACUUCCAAAGAUACAUGCAAAGGAUCAUACCGUCAGUUUCCUAACUUUCAAAAGAGGUUGACAGGAGCCUUUGCCUUACUGUUAAUUUUGCCUCGCAUACUGCUGCUUGUACCUGCCAGUAAAAGGUACCAUGACUGACACACACUCACCUUCAUAAAUUUGUCUUGCUAGAUAUUACUGCUGCUGCUGCUGCUAUAUCGGAGGUGUGCUUAACCUGUUCUGGAAACCAAGCAGUUAGUGUUGCAUCUCCAGCUCUCAUGAAUCAGUUACCAGCUGAAAUCAGACAGGCACUGAGUGUGGUGUUGUGUAGACACCUGCUAAAGACAUUUUUGUUUGGGAAGGCUUUCCCUGAGGUGCAACUCAGUCGUUUACGGAAGAUCAAUUUUAUAUUUGAGGAAAUGUUUCAUGUUCUUUUAAGCGUUUGCAUGGGUGGCUUUAUUGGUCUAGAAUUCGUAGAAUGAUUUUAUUCUUUCAAGUUCGUGUUCCUGUGUUUUAAUUCUGUUUAACAGUGUGCUCCACUUUGAUGGGUUUGUGCCAUGAAAUGGUCUCUACAUUUUAAUAAUAAUAAUAAUAAUAAUAAUAAUAAUAAUGUCCCAGCUUUCUUACAAGGAGCUCAGUGUGGCAUCCUUGUUUUUCCCCUUCCCUAUUUUAUGCUCACAGCAAUACUGUGAAGUAGCAUAGACUGAGAGAUGGUAAGUGGCCCAAGGUCACCCACUGAGGUUCAUGGCUGUGUGGGGAUUUGAACCCUGGCUUCUCACAUCCUAGUCCAAUGCUCUAAACACAACAACACAGCGGCUCUACUUUUCCUCUACGCUGGUGGUGGUGCUGAGAUAUAUAUGAUUUCUGCUUGGCAUCUUUACUGCUGUAACUGCAAAUUGUACGCAGAUGGGUCAGGUUUAUUAACUUUCUUUCUGGAUGGAGAGACUCUUGGGAUAUCUUGUGGAGCUGGAGACAAAAAAAGAGUCUUUGAUUAAAAGGUCUCUUUCUUACCAAAAUCUGUUCAGUUCACAGCAGGGAUGUGGCACCUGCUCAGUUCUUCUGAGAGAAGCCUCUCCAGAUCUGAGGAAGGAAUUAAAUGACUUUGUUUCCCUCAUAAUGAAGCAGCUGCAGGAAGUUUUUGGGGGCCCACUUUUUUAAAAGAAAAAUCGGUUAAAACUGACGUUUAUUUCAGGUGCCAAUGUUCUCCUUAUUUUCCUAUCUUCCUUUAAUGAUGACUAAUUGCACAGUCCUGAGACCAAAUAAAUAUGUAUAGAACUGAGAAAUUAAUUUAGUGCCCAAAUUUAUACCAGAUGUGUUGAAAAAUUAAAAUGUAAAUUUUAAAAUGACAUGAUUAAAUGAGAGCCUAUCCACUUAUCUGCAGCCUUUUAAAAAGAAUAAUAAAUCAGUGCACAUUUUAUUUCCUUCUGACCAGUGCCCUGACAUUAAAGGAACUCUCAGUCAGGAGUAGAAUUAAGCAGGGCUGCUUGCAAACUGGUAAAGCAAUUUCGCCACCUCUUUGACUUGAAGAGGAGUAGCAAUUGCUGUCCUUGGGAUAUGGGUUAGGAAUUCAGCAUACUUUUCAACCAGCAGUAUGGCUGCCUCUCAAACUGGCAACAUUGGAUGAGAGCUGUUCCUGGUUGCGUUGAGGUUGAAGUUAUUUCCACUGCUCUUAAGAAUAAGUGCCAAUUAUGGGAAGGAGAAACAAGAGCAGAGUACGUAUGUAUGACCAGUCCCAGAUAAACAUUACAUGUGAAUCAGCAAAAUAAGGUUUUGGACCACCAAUGAUGCAUACUUUAGCUCUUGCCAGCCAUUCUGCUAGACCACACUGUUUCUUAAACAAUCAUCUUACAACUUGGCUUAAUCGCCUUGAGCUCAUGAUAGUGCAGUAUUUAAAACAAGGGAGUUUAUUUAAUCCACCUUUAAUUACAGAGGCCAUGCCUGUUCAUUUCCUUUAAAGCACCUUGGCUUGGCUUACAUUUUUCAACCAUUUAAUUGUCAGUGUUUGCGCAAGCCACAUCAUCCAUCAAUUUGCCCCGUGAAAAACAAAACAAAAACCUGCUUCUCUCAAAACUUUGCAAUCACAUCUUUCUUCCAUUUCUGAAUGGCACUUAAUUACAGAAUAUAAAUGCCAAACUAUGAAAGAGAGCAGAGCAGUUUGCCGCUCCUUAGGGAGAACGUAACGGUGCUUUUGAAGUGCUGUGGGCCCAUUGUGAGAGAAGUCGCCAGGAAAAAAAAACCUACCUUGACGUGUUGAAUAUUAAUAUAUCUUUAUUUCACUCGCUCAGAAAUGCAUUUCUCUUUGUUUUGAGACAGGUAUGAAGAACUUGUGGGCCCUCCAGAUGUUGUAGGACUAUGGCUUCUGUCACCAUCCCAGACCAUUGGCCAUGCUCGAUGGGGUACAUCAACAUCUGGAGGAUCUCAAAUUCUUCACCUUUGCUUUGACUACUUCUUACUUAGAAUGCAGCUCAAACGAAUAAAUAACCCAAGUGACCUUUCAUAGCCUGACUCAAGCUUUGUCUACUCCUGUGUUCCUUCCAAGGCAAAAACUUAACAUGUGUCUGCAACUGCACUCUAUUCUCACCCGUAUGUUGGGCAGAGCAAUAGAAAAUAUGUCAAUCAACCCUCUUAUGGUAGCUACCUCACUCUUGUGACUGCUACCUCAAGGCUUAUUUGCAUCAGAGCAGCAAAAGGCACUGAUCCAUCUUAUCCAUAUAUUCAUGAGUGUGAGAACUUUCCUAAAUAUUUAUUCCAGAGUAAAACACAUAGAUUAAGGUAGGGCUGAGCGAAGCCUAAAGAUGCCAAGAAAACAAUGCGUUGGAGGAUGGAAGAGAUUCGUCCCAUGCUUUCACCACCCUGAAUAUGUGAACAAAAAAAAGAUGGUUAAAAUUAAUUCAGGCUAAGCUAAUCUACUCGAAGCAAUUAUGAUAAUAUGGCAUGAGGCUGCAAUUCUAACCCCAGCUGUUUAUCUUGAGUGCUGAAAUAUAGACAUACAUUCACUUACUAGUUAGGAAUAAGAGACCACCCGUUUACAGAUUUCCUGUUAAGCUCUAACAUGUUAUUUGUUUUGUUUGUUUGCAAAAUUAUAUCCCACCCUUCACUGUCAAACCAAACAGCAUGAAACCAAUCAAUAAACACUGAAACAUGCAAUUCACUACAUAAAUCAUUCCAUCUGUCAGCAUACUACUAGAUAGACCAGGGCUCCUAAAUCAGAAGGUCUGGAGAAAAGGGUAGGCUUCCAGCUGGCCCCAAAAGAUGGCCAAUGGUGGUGCCAGCUGGACUUCAGGGGAAAAAGAGAUUCUGCAACUGGUCCCAGAAGAAAUUCCACAACUUUCAUACAAAGUGGGGUGAAAGGAAGGUGCCAUUUUCAGCCAGGUAUCUGAUGCGACUUUGUGUUUUGUUUGCUUUAGCUUAUCGUGAUGCCGGAGGGUGACAUGGCAAAGCCACUCCUCGGCCGACAAAAUGUGGAAAGUAAUGCAAGCCUCAUUGCAGCCACUGGUAACACGACGGUGGGGAUCCUGGGCAGUGGUGACUUUGCACGCUCCUUGUCUAUGCGCUUGGUGUGCUCAGGUUUCAAAGUGGUGAUUGGAAGCCGGAACCCAAAGCGCAAUGCCACCCUCUUUCCAUCAGCAGCUGAAGUAACUUUCCAGGCAGAUGCUAUAAAGAAGACAGAUAUUAUCUUUGUGGCGGUUUUCAGAGAACAUUACACCACACUCUGCGACCUCAGUGAUGAGCUGUCUGGCAAAAUCCUGGUGGAUGUCAGCAACAACGAUGAAAUCAACCAUCACAAAGAAUCAAAUGCUGAGUAUUUGGCGUCACUUUUCCCAUCAUGCACUGUUGUCAAAGGAUUUAACGUCAUCUCAGCGUGGACGUUACAGUCAGGCCCAAGGGAUGGGAAUAAGCAGGUACUGUUCUGAUAUAUUGGUUGUGUGUAUACAUCCAGACCUGUCACACUUGGAGAGAAAGAAAAUGUGGUGGGAGGGGGGGAGAAAACAUGGCUAAAAAUGCAGUUACAUUUUUUCUCAUACCUGUGAUCAGGGCUCUUUGCAGUUUGGAGAUAACUUGUACACAGCCUGCUGCUUUGCAUACACCUCAGCAAAACCCCAAAACUCUCAGCUUCCUUUAAAGUAAAACACUAAAUUCUGGGUCUCAGAGUUGCGAGAGCCAUGAUUUUUAUGCAAAUGGAUUGAUUAUCUGAUUGAGUCAAACAGAAUUAAUUCAAGCAAUCAAUUAAGCUGUCUUUAUAUUAGCAGUUCGAAAGCACGUCAAAGUGCAAGUAGAUAAAUAGGUACCACUCCGGCGGGAAGGUAAACGGCGUUUCUGUGCGCUGCUCUGGUUCGACAGAAGCAGCUUAGUCAUGCUGGCCACAUGACCUGGAAGCUGUACACCGGCUCCCUCGGCCAAUAAAGCGAGAUGAGCACCACAACCCCAGAGUCGGUCACGACUGGACCUAAUGGUCAGGGGUCCCUUUACCUUUUAUAAUCUAGUGACAGCCCUUGCGAAACAAAAACCAAAAAAAGCCACCCUCUCUGGUGUUCAGGUUCUCUAGGAGUCUGGGUCAUAGCCUACAACUUACCUCAAAAUUCAAGAAACUUGGGAAGAGGAAGUACAUAUGAGUCAACAGAGACAAAGGUGCACACAUGAAAUGCUCAGGUGUGUCCGUAUUAUUGCUUUGUAUGGCACUCGCCAUGCCAUCGCUCGUCCUUGAACCCCGUACCUGUGCUCCUGAUCUCUGCUUGCCAGUCGCUGCCAUCACAUGUCUUCUGUUUCCUGCAGGUCUUCAUAUGCUCCAACAACCAAGAAGCCAAGCGUGCCAUUGCCGAAAUUGCUCACAUGCUGGGGUUCACCCCGGUGGACAUGGGCUCCUUGUGCUCAGCUCGUGAAAUUGAGAAUAUUCCGCUACGGCUUCUCCCUGCCUGGAAGAUCCCCGUCUUCUUGGCCCUGGGUCUCUUUCUCUGCUUCUACACAUACAACUUCAUCCGGCAAGUUUUGCACCCUUACAUCCGGGAGCAAAAGAACAAGUUUUACAAGAUCCCUGUGGAGGUCGUCAACACCACGUUGCCUUGCGUCGCCUACGUCAUGCUAUCCCUCGUCUACCUGCCUGGAGUGCUGGCGGCCAUUUUCCAGCUCUACCGCUGCACCAAGUAUAGGCGGUUCCCUGACUGGCUUGACCAGUGGCUGCAGCACAGGAAGCAGAUAGGUCUGCUAAGCUUUUUCUGUGCAGCCCUGCACGCUGUGUACAGCUUGUGCCUACCCAUGCGGCGAUCCCAUCGUUACUCGUUGCUCAGAGAUGCUGUCAGUCAGGUACUGUACUUCCAAUUCUUUGGAAUGCUGGUACAUGGUCUGGUCUGUCUGCAAAUGAUGUGGGUGUAAAAAAAAUGCUGGUGAUCUUAGCUCGUCCCUAAGAUCAGCCUCCAUACCUGAGGCCUGGAAAGUGGUCAGUUUAGCACCAUUUAAAUAAAUAAAAAAGCAAUUUGGGUCAGAGAAGAUUUUGGAAAUUACAGGGCAGGUAGCUUAAUAUCUGAACCAGGAAAAGGGGUGGAAAGCAUUAUUAAAGCUAAAAUUACCAAGCACAUAGUCUUGCAUAGUUUCUGCAAAGUUAAGUCUUGUCUCGAGUGUGUCAAAUAAGUAUAUGGAUAAGGGUAAUCCAGCAGACACUGUGUACUUGAACUUUCAAACAGCUUUUCAUUCUGCCCCCUCACCAAAGUCACUUUAUGGUCCUUUUAUGGAUCAGUAACUGGCUAAAGAACAGGAAGCAGAGAGUAGGACUAAACUGACAGUUAAGACAGUGGAGGGAUUUAAGUAGUCAGUACUGGACCAGUGCUUUUAACUUGUUCACAAAUGAUCUAGAGUUGUUGUUGUUGUUUCUACCCCAUCCAUCUGGCUGGGUUUCCCCAGCCACUCUGGGCGGUUUUCAACAGAACAUUAAAAACAAAAUAAAACUUCAAACAUUAAAAACUUCCCUAAACAGGGCUGCCUUCAGAUGUCUUCUAAAAGUCAGAUACUUGUUUAUUUCCUUGACAUCUGAUGGGAGGGCGUUCCACAGGGUGGGCACCACUACCGAGAAGACCCUCUGCCUGGUUAGAGGUGAUUAGUAAGGUGGCCAAGUUUGCUGAUGACACCAAAUUGUUUAGGCUGGGUAAGAACAAAACAGGUCUGCAAGGAGCUGCAGAAAGAUAUUUCCAAACAGGGCAAAUGAGCAGUAAAAUUGGCAAAUGCAGUUCAACGUAAACAAGUGUAAAGUGAUGCAGGUUGGAGGAGAAAACCAUAACUUCACAUGUACACUAAUGGGGUUCUGAGCUAGAUACGCCUGACCAUCGUGAUCUUGGGAUCACGAUGGAUAGCUUGAUGAAAAUGCCAACCCCACUGUGUGUACUAGCUGUGAAAAAGGCAAAUUCCCUCAUUAGGAAAAUAAGCUGCCAUUAUCAUAGUGUGUUAUACAAAUCUAUGCUGCGGCUGCACUUGUAAUACUGUCUAUAGUUCUGGUCUCCACACCUCCAAAAGGAUACAGUGGUACUUCUGGUUAUGUACUUAAUUCGUUCCAGAGGUUCUUUCUUAACCUGAAACUGUUCUUAACCUGAAGCAGCACUUUAGCUAAUGAGGCCUCCUGCUGCCACGCAAUUUCUGUUCUCAUCCUGAAGCAAAGUACUUAACCCGAGGUAAUAUUUCUGGGUUAGUGGAGUAUGUAACCUGAAGCGUAUGUAACCUGAGGUACCACUGUAUUGUACAGCUGGGGGGGUGGGGAAGGUACAGAAAAGGGCAAUCGAAAUUACCAAGGGCCUGGAGCGACUCUCCUUUGGAGUAAAGGUUGGAAUGUUUGCGGCUUUUUCAUUUUAGGGGGGGGAAAGGCAAGAAAGGGUGGAUGUGGCAGAGGUGUAUAAAACCAUACCUGAUGUGAGGAAAGUGGACACACACACACAAACUAUGGAAUUCAUUAUCACAAGGUGUAGAAAUGGCCACCAAUUUGUACGGCUUAAAAAGAGAAUUAGACAGAUUGAUCAAAGAUAAGGCUACCAGUGACAAUGAAUCAUGCUGACUGCAUCCUACCCCCCGUAUCAGAGACUGUCUGUCUCUUAAGUAGCAGUUGCUGGAGAUCACAAAUUGGAGAGUGCUAUUGUCGCCAAUGUCCUACUUAUGGGGCUUCUCAUGAGCAGCUGAUGGACCACUCCGGAAAACAGGAUGCUGGAUGAAACGGGCCUUUUGUCUAAUAGCAGAGAUCUUCUUACGUUCCCCAAAGCAUUGCAUGGGAGUUUCAGUGCAGCUAGUGGAAAUAUAUUCCACAUUAGCAGUUUUAGACUCACAGCCUAAGAAAUACUGAUGAAUGCAAGAUGCCGCAAUGAGUUAGCACUUUUCAGUUUUUUUAUUCCUGCUAAUAUUGUCUGAGCCUCCUUCCCGAUCACCUUGCUGUAUUCGGUGCAAGGGAUGCAGUCCCUCAACAGCCUCUUAAUUCCAGCUGCAUUUAUUUCUCUUCUGUGAUUCUUGUAAAUAAAUCCCUUGCAAGCCGUUGAUGCCCAUUUCCCUCUUUUCUUGCAUUGUUUCUUUCUUUCUUUCCCCCCUGAGCAACAUCCUUGCUUCAUGAAUCGCAUUGAUUUUAAUGGAAUAAAUGGCUGGGUCUAAGUGUCAGACUCUGUAAUAUAGUACAAAUCCCAUUUCUUUUUUUCCAUUAGCCUGAACGCUUCUCUCCUAAAUGCACUUAAACCAAAUCCCAUUAAGCCCUGAGCAGUCAAGUAUUCAGAGAGCGACACUUGUGGACCUAGCUCAAAACUGGAGCUGAUUUCACAUAUUAAUUGCAGCCUUCAAUGGCAAAGCAUGGUCUGAUCAUGGAGGUGCCAAGUUAUUGGCAAGCCCUGCAGAGGUCAGUGGGAAAUUGAGGCUGAUACAACAGAGGUGUUGCGUAUUUGACGUUCUCUGGUCCAAGAGGUGGGAAGACAGUCUGCCGUGAACAGGGCUGCACUCUUCUGGAAGGAGCAGGUCUGUAGCUUCAGUGUACUCCUGGGGUCACAUUUGUCACUGGAGGACCUCAGUGGCUAGGAAUGCCUGUUUCCAGUUACCUGGCUGCUGCGUUUUGGACCAGCUGAAGUUUCCUAGUUGACCAGCUACAGCCCUUUGGAACAGAAGCGAAGCCACUGUAACUUCCAGCUUGAAUUGCUGCAACAUGCUGCAAGUGGGGCUGGCCUUGAAAACAACUAGGAAACUUCAGCUGGUCCAAAACGCAGCAGCCAGGUUACGGGAUUGGCUUCCAUUUAGAACACACAUAAACCCCUAUAUCCUUUUAAAUGUGUUGCGGACAGGAGGGUUGUUUUUAUUAAGUAUUUUGUGUUCUUUUUAUUUGUAUUUUAAUGUUGUGAACUGCCCUGUGAUCUUCGGAUGAACUUACUUUAAUUGUUUAAUAAAUAAAAUAAAUGUCCAGAUCCAAUUCAGUCCCCAAAAUGUCUGAAAGGCUACUUCCUUUCUUAGAGACCCCCUCAAGUGUUAAAAUCAGAUUACCUUCUUGAUAAUUCCACCGUCUUCAGUAGUUUAGAGGGAGUUGGCAGCACAGGAGAGGGUAUUCUUUGUGGCAGUUGCAAAAUAUAACUUGUAAAUGAUGAUGAUGGCGACGGAUGAAAUAUAAGGUUGCUGGAUGGACAACAUUGGUGCAAACUCAUUUUGUCCAGGAGAGGAGGCAGGUUGCACCAGCAGUAGAUUGAGGCCAAUGGCAGAAUUAAAUGCCUAGACUGGAAUGGGAGUCAGCCAUGUGCUGGUGCAGAAGAAUUUAAUCAUUGCCACCUUUGACAGAAGGGCCACCAGGCUGCUGCUGUUAAAGAAAAGAAACCCCAUGAAAAUGCUUCAUGGGUACGGAGCGAACUCUGUGUAUCUUUUAAACCCUCUUUUGUUGCUCCUACACACCUUUGCUCUUGUUCCUUCAGGUGGAGAAGAAAACAGAUCCAUGGGUAGAGGAGGAAGUCUGGAGGAUGGAGAUGUACAUUUCUUUUGGCAUCAUGGCCUUGGGCUUGCUGUCCUUGCUUGCCAUAACCUCACUUCCUUCCAUCUCCAACUCUCUCAACUGGAGGGAAUUCAGUUUCAUUCAGGUAAGUGCUGCAAUUCAAGGGUUUUUAGAGAGGGGGGGAGGAAGACAGUUCCCAGGGCCAAACCAGACACAACAAGGCUGUUGUUCACAUAAAAAGCAAGGGAUGUUUUUCUAAUCUCAUUCCAGUGCAGGGUGGCUGGGAACAACCUUCCUUUUUUCGUUUUCACCAUAAAACAAGUAAAAGUAAUGAAAGUAGUUCAGAAGAUUGAAAAGAAGGGUCAAGAGCUGUUUUAGCCAUGCCCAACAUUAAAGCAUUUGAACAGCCCCUUGGUUUCUCAAGCCAUUUGCUGCUGCUGUUUGAGAAGUACAAGCCCUAAGUUCCUCUGGUGCACAGGAUGAGUGUUGGGGUUCUUUGGACCCCAGACAGUUCUGCAGCAUAGAUUUGACACUUAAGAACUGAUUUGCGGCUGCCACCCCAUAUUAAAUAUAGAAAAUAUCAGCACAAAAUACGUUCAAUACUAGUUCAAAUCCAUUUUUUUUAUUUUCCUUUUCAUUUCGUCAUUUGCUAUUUGUUUCUCUACAUUGCAUUACCCUAACAGAGGACUUUGUUGUUCCUCUGCCCCCCAGUGGUGAAAGUUUGUGUUUGUGUGUGUAAAAACUAGUUUAGAAGAUCUCUACUAGGACAUGCAUGUUGUAAAACGACAUCAAUAAUUUAUUUUCCAUGCAUGUGUAUUAGGAUACAGUCCACUGCACACUUGCUUAAUAAUAAGCCCUACUGAAUCCAAUGGCCAUUUACUUCUGACCAAAUAUCCAUAGGAUUGUGCUGCUCUUUCUUUUUUAAGGAAGCCAUUGGACUAAGACAAUGGUCUGGAUACUGAAUUGCCCUUCCAUAAACAGAAGGGACUCCCAAAUCAACAAUUCUUCCUGUUAGAAGAAAGAGGUUAGGGGUUGGAGAGAGGGGAGAGGCCGUUUACGUACAUCAAUUCCCCUGCAGCCCCCAGCACAUACCCCAAGCUGUUCUGGAGCGUCCCCUCUAUACUCUGGAGUGGAUUUGCAGAGGACAUACAGUGGGAACCUGCAAAAAAAUCACCGCCACCAGCAGCAGGAUCUCAUGAGCAGAGUUCCACUCUCAGGAACUUAGGAUCCAUGCCAAUGACUCAUCAGAAGCAAAUCACUGGAAAGUAUCCUGCGCCAGUCAUUGUAUCUAUUUUAGGCUGAAUUUUAGCUGCCUGAGUUUUGCUCAUUUAUAAGAAAAGAAAGGCUUGUGUUACAGUUGUUCCAUACCUAUAGUUAGAGUGGUUUGUGUUAAAACUGCUUCACUGUGGUGGUGGUGGUUGCAUAAAGGGAGCUGUAAACUUUUACAAAUCAUUACUUAAAAUUGACCUGAUUACUUGGCAAUGGACCUGAUUACUUUGUGCCAGCCUUUGACCAGGAAUGUAAAUGUGAGGACAGCUCAUCUGAUCAGGCCAAUCCGCUGUGAGAGUCUGGGAAUUUGAAAAGAGUAGCUUCAUUCUGCCCAAGUAAAAUGCCCUAGAACAGGGGUCAGCAAACUUUUUCAGCAGGGGGCCGGUUCACUGUCCCUCAGACCUUGUGGAGGGCCGGACUAUAUGGGGGGGGGGGUAAUUUGCCCCACAAAUAACCCAGAGAUGCAUUUAAAAUAAAAAGGCACAUUCUACUAAUGUAAAAACACGCUGAUUCCUGGACCGUCCACGGGCCGGAUUUAGAAGGCGAUUGGGCCGUAUCUGGCCCCUGGGCCUUAGUUUGCCUACCCAUGCCCUAGAAGCUCAUAUAUUCCCACCAACAGAAUCUGGCCUAAUAACAACAACAACAACAACAACAACAACAAAAAUGUCAGCAUUACCCAUUUUAGCUCCUAUCCCACUCAAAUUAGUUAUAACUACAUCACAUUGAAAUCAACAGCUUAGCAGUUUGGUUAGGAGGAGGUAAAUCAGGGCCAUUCGGGUGUGGUGGCUUUGUCCAGUUGGCUGCUCAGGAUGCCAGGAGCCCCAGAGAACCCACAUGCACCUUGUUGGAGGUCCCAAUAGAUACGCCUGUUUCAGAUACUAGGUCAUCCACCCACCCACCCUCUCCAUCAUGAUAUCGUUCCUAUUCAUUUUCUCUUUCCAAUCUCUUGUUCUUUUUGGAUUUGCCCGCCCCCCUCAUUCUCCAAGUCUGUGUCCCUUAUUGUGACAAAGCUAAAGUAUACCUAAUUGACAUAAGCACAUAUUGCCUAUAUGCCUCCAUUUCCCCCUCCAUCUGCUUUCCCUUAUUUUAGCAUUCAGGGACCUGUCAUGCUUGCUCUAUUGACGCACAUUCACAUGGCUACCAAUAAUAAUUUUCAUUGGUUUCGGACCUAAUUAAAACUAACUUGACCUGGAUGGAGGGCCUUUGGGGAUAAGGCGCAUUUCAAAGCUGCUGCUCAGGUGCAUCCCAACCCUGUGCUUACUCAGAAGUAAAUCCCACUGAGGAAAGUGGGACUUGCAGCCAAGGAAUUGUGUACUGUAUUGGACUGUAGCAUUGGGUAGGAUACAGCUACAUACAAAGGAUAAGCAACGCUUGGGGAAACAAGAGUACCCAACUCCAGCCACGUCACUGAAAACAAUGUUGUUGUUCCUCUUCUGCUCCCCUUUUCAGUCCUCCCUUGGCUUUGUCGCUCUGGUGAUCAGCACUCUGCACACCCUGACUUACGGCUGGACCAGGGCCUUUGAUGAAAGCCAGUACAAGUUCUACCUGCCUCCCACCUUUACUCUCACGCUGCUGGUACCGUGUGCUGUGAUCCUGGCCAAACUCUUCUUCCAGCUCCCUUGUAUGAACCAAAGACUGCGGCGCAUCAGGAACGGGUGGGAGAGGGGCAGGUAUGUCAAGUUCACCUUGCCCAGAGCAUCAGGGGAAUUUUCGAGUGGAGAAACCAGCAGCACUGUGUGAUCCAGCAUCUCUCUCUCUCUCUUCCAUCAUGACAAGUUUUCAAAGAGCACUAUGAAGAUUCUGGGGGUUUCUUAAUAUAGUUUUUGUUUGUUUUUUGAAGCUUGUAAGUUUGGUAUUAUUGAAUGGUGGUGAUAAUUAUCAUCUUAUUUCAGGCACUUAAGGAAGGAAUGUUACCAGUGUUUUAGAAUAUACUGGUAAUUCUGGGGGGUGGGGAGAGUGGUUGCCUUAAAACUUAAAUCUUUUGGGGGGUGUUUGAUGUGGCGGGGGAGAGACGUUACCAAUGUAUCUGGCUUACACCGCAGUAUUUGGAAUAUAUUGGUAAUUAUGUAAGGCAGGGGUGGCCAACAUGGUGCCCCUCCCAGAAGUUUUAGACUGCAACUUCCAUCAGUCCUGACUAUUGCCUAGCCUGUCACUGAUAGGACUUGCAGUCCACAACACACAGAGGGGCCCAUGUUGGCUAACCCUGAUGUAGGGGGUGCAGAAUGGUUGCCUUAAAACCUCAGUGCACAAUUUUAGUUGCACAGUUUAAUGAUGCAUAGGAAAAUAGAAUCACUCUGCUGAUGCAUUCAACAAAGGGGUGGGACACAGCAUUUUCUGCGCACCUGGCAAAUGGUUUCUGUCUUCUUCUUUUAAGCCAGCAUUCCUGCAUGAUCACACAGAGCACACAAUCAGUCCACCCGUAAACCAAAGUGGCAACUCUGGAAGGGCCUAUUCUCCGAUAACAAACGGUGUAAAAAAAAAAAUACUCUAGGUCAGAUUGGAAGUAAGUGUUAAGUUUAUUACAUGGCUGCCAUUAAAACAGCAACCACAUGUUUAUAAAUCCCUCCUCCCCUUCUGUAUACAAACUACCUGUGCCCCGAUGCCACAGCCUGUGCAUUUGCCCACCCGACAUGAUGGUCUGAAGCUGACGGGACAAAACCAAAAAGUGUCAUCGGUUGUUGCAGAGGAAGAACUAAGCGUGAAACUGCCACACAUUUAAAUGCAGUUCCAGCCUCACUUUUCCUUUGCAUGGGCCAAAUUCACACAUUACUACUUAUGUAUUUAUUACAUUUAUAUAACACCUUUCUGCCAAGGAGCCCAAGUCAAUUUAUGAUUUUUUAAAUAUUGAACAAAUAAAUGAUGCAAAAUGUAAAGUUGGCCCUGACUGAGCUGGUGGGGGAGGAGGGAAUAGGUCCGACUGGAGCAAACCAAACCAUGAUGUUGUCUUUGCCCGCUUGCCUCUCUCUUCUCCUUCCCACACAACUGGUGUCCAUUGACUGGAGCAGGCCACUAUGUCAUCCAUGCAGCAAUUGCUCAAGUCUCUUUGGCAGCUUUGAAUAAGUGAAACGGCAGGUGUGCCAGUGAUCGUUUUAGCACGUCAACAAAUUAGGUAAAGUGAGCUUAAGAGGAACCAGGCUGCAAACUGAGCACAUGCUGGCCCUCAACACGAAUUCCCUCAAGAUGUCUUGCAAACAAAUGGUGCAAAAGUUGGAAAGCAACCUCCAUUCCCAAGAGGGAGUAACAAGAAGCUGGUAGCUCUCUAGAAACAUGGAACAGUUGAUUCUAAGCAGAGCCUGUUGCCCUAUGAAACGUCCUCCUGUGUCCUCAUCUGCAGCAUGUCGGUCUCCCCAUCCACCUCGCCCUCCAGCCACUUCAGGUGACACACAGGGAAAGAUCUCUUGGAAUGGAUCACAAAGUUUGUAGUGGCUGGCAAGGAAUCUCUUCAGUCCAAGGGUUACACUCCCUUAUGAGGAAACCUUUGGGGGCUGUGUGCCAGUGGUGGGUCUGGCCAGAGGCAAAAGUGGGCCAAGCAAUGGAUGCAACUCUUUGUGCCUUGGUAUUGUAGACCAUGUUCCAGCCAGGCAGAAGCACUUAAGGAGGGCUCUGAGCAGGGCUGGUCAAGGGCUGAACAGGGUGGUCUGAAGGCUGCAUUUGGCCCCUGCAGUCGUGGUUCCCCACCCAUUUAAUAUGGAGGAAGGAAUACGUACAACAAUUUAUAGAAAGAGAAGAAAUGAGCCUUCCCACCACCUCAUCUAGUGUGCCCCUUUUAUAUCAUAGAAUUGCAGAGUUGUUUUAAAACAGCGCAGGGGAAAUUGGGGGUGGUGAGGCAAGGAGGGAGAAAAACGAGGGAGCAGUAGUAAUUUGGUUGCUGGCCAACCACUUGAGAAAACAAUGAAAACUUCCAAACGCAACUACUGACCAGGAGCUUCUACAACCAGCUGACAUGGCUGAAGAGCAUCCAUUUUUAUGGCAUCUUGUAGGGAAGAAAGAGGCUCAUUGGCCCACCUAGAGGUGACCAGAGGGCAAGCAUUUAAUGUGACAUUUUAAAUUCACAUCCUUCAAGACUGCCAGUCAAAUGCCCCCAAACACCAGGGCACCUCAACUCCCUGCAUCUUAAAUCUUCAUUUAAUGAGCUGCUGUAUUCCCACCCAACCUUUUUCACAACUUUGAUGCCAAAGCAUUAUCUAAUGAAGCAACUUCCACAGUUGAUGUGCAAUGGAAAGGCAUUUCUGCAUGCCAAAUAUAAGUCCUAAGGUUCUGGACGGUAAAAACGCAUACAAAGUUCUAAUGAGGAAUGAAUUCAUCGGCUCAGAACCGCUUGUUCCAGGACCUGGAAAAGCCAAUGAAGGAAGCUGGAACACCUGUAAUUAAAAAAAGCCAUGGGACAACCUUAACAAAAAGAAACAGCUGAGCAGAAAGUGGGAUGAAGCUGCUUUCAGUAUUGUCCGGAAAAACCACGUCUCCUAAGUUAACACUAGUGAAAGUCACUAUAAACAAAUAAAAUAACGACCCAAGACUACUGAUUCACAGCACGGACAGCUUAUUACUCCAUUAAAGCAACAGAAAUCUUUGUCUAGAAACGGGCUGCUGCACCCAUGCACACCCCACUUGCAUUGCAAAGCAACCCCAUUGAACUGACCAGAUAGCAGUUUCAAUGCCACCAGGGAUGCAUGUUACCGUCAGCUGCUACACAUACAGUAUGUAGAGUGGGACUCGGACUGCUAGCUCUGAUGUGUUGUCUCAUAUCUUGAGGACAAACGCUGUAACCCUGGCCAGAUCAGAUCCUGACUGCUGAAUGGAUUAAAUGGUGCCAAAAUGUUUUGAGACCACAGACGUGCUCGUUGAAUCUGAAGAUACAGCAUAGACAUUUAGAAGUAGUAGCAUUAUUUGAUUACUGUUAGGAUAUUAGAUAUGGAACCUGUCUUGAUACAUACCACAGGACCAUUUAGGCCACAAUUUGCAGUUUCCUUUUAGGCUACUCUGCCUAUACAAUUUAGAAGGGGCAUAUCAAGGCAAGUAUCAGGCUGUGGCCUACAAUCAUAAGAAGCAUGAAUACAUUCUCUACAUGUACCGGAAGAUGUUCUUGGGGACUGUACUAAUAAUAAUUCCCCCCACCCUUUCCUCUUACACUUUGCUUGAGUUCAGAAAGACAAUUUUGAAAGUUUGGGUAAAAAAAACAAUUUACAGGGAAACCUGGGGAGUAAUGACCGUUGUGCACGAUUUACAAUUUCCCGUAAUUUAACUGCUGUCAUACAAAAUCUUGGGAGGAGUUUAAAAAGCAGUUUGGGAGUUCUGCAAGGGCAAUCUUUGAAAAGCUAACUAAAGAACAUUCAGGUGCAUGCAAAGAGCACUCCUUUGGGUCACAAUGUUGUGUAACACAUGAAUCGUCUGAAAGGCUUUCAAAACGCUGCAGAGGGAGGAAGAAUCAGGCAGAAGGCAAACAAGGAUUCUGUCGAAGGUAACAAACUCAGGCAGCAAAAAAAUUUCAGUAAUGGGCUGGCCUUAAGCCAUUGUUACCAUGGAGGAUGGAAAGACAGAAAUGCAAUUGUUCCUUUCAAGAGUUUGACAUGGAUCUGAGCUGUCUUCAUCUGGUAUAGAAAAGUGAACACUGGCACCAGAUGUAACACAAUCGUAUAGGACACCCACGUUUCUUUGUUGUAAGUCACUGUGAGCAUGAUUUUUUGUGUGUGUGGAAAAGCGGCAUACGAAGAAAAUUGAAUGAAUGAAUGGCAUUCCAGUCAGGGCGCUAUGAAAGCAAAUGUAUCUGAAUGUCUCUUCCAGAGAGUUGUGCUUGCUUCGGUGGGGGCUGGUCUAUGGAGGCAAUGGAACAUUGGACAAUCAAGCCUUCUGACUUACAUCCAGUCCAGGGAGUGGCCCUGCCUAUCUGCUUCCUCCUCUUCAGUCUCAGAGGUCCCCUUGCAGAACUCAGCAGUGAGGAGGAUGGGGACAAAACUAGAAUUAGUCGGCUCACCUAGUCAUUGCCUCUGGUUCUGCCUUCUCCCCCCCCCCCCAGUCCCAAUGGGACACCAGAUACCACUGACUCCAUUCACACGCUAUCCUUUCAAAAUCAAGCCUGCAGCUGCAAGAUCAAGAAACAUCUCUCCUUGAAAAGUAGCCAGCUGACCCUAUUUAUAAGCAAAAACCCAGUGAGGACAAGAAUCGAGAGAUCCAAUGUGACCGAAGAGCUGAGGCGGAGAGAGAGGUGGAGUAUUACUCCUCACAAUUUUAUGCAGGUCUAGAGGAGAAACUUCCCAGUGAUCAGACACCUAAGCGCUACCUGCUUUUCUCUGGCAAGCAACAGGGUAGCUACCGCACUAUCAUGGAAGAAGCAAAAGAGCUGGGAGAGAACAGCACCACCAGCCAUAGGCAAGUGAUCCCUUAUGUUCUCUAACAUGCCCCUCCCUUGCUAAACUGUGCCAAGGCUGCUACUCGGGAGUAGCAAAGCGUAGCUCCUCUCCAGAUAUUCUGAAAAAUGUCAACGUAUUUCUGCAGGGUUGCUUUCCACAUUUUUGUCUGCUUUCAAGACGCGAAAUUCAGCAGGGAGGGCUAAGCUUGUACUGUGCUGCCAGGGGGGCCAAGCAGAAGGAGGGGGUGCAGUUGUUUGGGGACCUGGAAGAUAACGACAGUCAUGGUGAGAGAACUGUAAGCCUCCGUGACUGUGCCCUCGCAAUGGAAAUCCUGUGGGGAUCCAGCCUCUUUGCUUUUAACAGAUACCACCGAUAUUUUCCGACUUCCCUCCACAACCACAAGAUCCAGAAAUACACAAACACACACCCUCCAGCCCCAGACAGAUCCUUGUGCAGUGCACACAAGGAAGACCCAGAGCUCUGGCAGCUGUAACUUGACAGGCCACCUGUUCAUAUUGUAAGAUGCCCAUAUAGUUGUUACAUUCUCACUCAUCAUUUCUUCAAACGAACCCCAGCUGCUUUACAUACAAACAUGGAGGAGGCCAGGUUUCAGCACCUUCCUUUGACUACAAUGAACAACCCAUAAAACAUACAAGAACAUACGAGAAGUUAAACAGAAUAAAGCCUCUUUAUAAAUAAAAAAAGUUGCAAAACAAAAAUCUUUUGUAAAUAGUUUCUGCAUUUUUAACCCAUCAGUACUGGGACAGAAGGGUUACGUGACGCUUGUUUGAAGAUACAUACCUAUGUUAUUUUUCUAUUUAUAUUCUGUAUGGAUAUACUGCUGCAAAAUGAGAGACAUGAAAAUGUAUACUGCUUACCAUUGAUGUUUUCUGCACUGCCCCAAUUGUGCCUUGGGAGUUUUAACCAGUUACUAUCCUGCCUCAUACUGGAACUUUAAUGCAUCCUGUUGCUAUCUUGUACAAAGUGUAACCAGGAUAUAUAUCUAUGAAAUGGAAGCACUGGUACUAGCGAAGCCCUGCUAUUUAUUUUCUUUCUUAUUCGCAGUAAAAAAAAAAAGUUCUUUCU